CACGGGCCACGAACUUUCUUUCAUGAAGUAAAUAGUGAACAAAUAAGUUUUCCGAGCUGCUUGUGCUACCGCCACGUCAUACAAAAAUGCAUAUAAGGACUCCACUUCCAAUUUUGCUUUUGCCCGGUCGGAAAUCGAUGAAUCGAAAACGCCGUGUUACCUGUAGAGACGUCACUAAACAGAUGUUCAUAGCACGAGUUCCAAAACAUGAUACGAACAACUAUUUAAUGUCAGCAACCACGAGCUAUGUCUUGGUACGUAUACUGUCUCCUGAGCAAUGUCGGUUCGUGCAAAUUGGAACCAGGUCGGUUCGGUAUUGCUGGAAAAUUGUCGCUCAACAAAUGGCGUCGACUUUUUUCUUUUAUGUCUAUCAAGUCUGAACAAAAACGCUCGAAUCUAAAAAACCGACGCUAUCGUGUUUUCGUCCUUUUUGGCUUCCGUUCUCUCGUCCUUAUCUUAUCGUUCAGUCGUGGAGGUUUAUCUCGUUAUGGUGUUGCUCCUGAUUUUCCGUUUCUCGGGCAUUUUCUUCUUCUCAAGUGUCAGUUACGCGAUUUCUCCAUCGUACAGAGACCUACAGGAACCACAACCACGGUACCCAAUUCCCCCCGAAAAAUCUAGUGCCACCUACUCGAUUUGUACGCGUUUGACCACGUACUUCUACCUGAUUACUUUCGCCUACCCUCAACACUAGUUGAAGCGAAAGAGUCCAGUUUUGUUCGUGCUCCAGCUGCGAUCUUCUUUUCGUCGGCAUCACCAUCAGCAAGAACCUACCCAAACAUAACACCUCGCCAACAAUCCCCUUGGUUAAGAAAGACCUUUAUCAACAUCCGUCAACUCACCAAAAUGCAGCUUACCGCUUCCGCGUUCACUCGUUGGGAGACCAAGUUUGACGGUCUCCACCCGACCACCGUCGAACUAGCCGACGAGGACGACCACAAGGCGAUUCUGCAGGUCCACGCCAUGGUGGGGAAAUCCCUGAUCGAGCAGCGGAAGAAGCAGGAGCGGAGGAAACAGCAGGAGCAAGUCCGGAACUUCCAUGACCUGCACGGGAUUCAGGCGACCAUGCGGAAGCACUUCCAGGGGGUGCGGAACCCGAACAUCAAUCCGGAUGGGACGAAAAAGGUCCUCGACGUGGAGGCGACGUGGCGGAACUUCCUGGAACGGCGGAAGGAGAACAAGUUGAAAAACUUGCAGGCGAAGAAGGAGGUGCUGCAGAAGGCGCAGGAGGAGCUCCGGCAGCACAAACUGAAGCUGAAGCGGGAGCGGGAAAGGUUGUUUCGGAAAACCUUUAUCCCUGACGAGUGGAACACCAUGACCAUCUACGAGCGGCACAUGAAAAUCCAACUUCCGCGGAAGGAGGAGUGGCACCAGGCGGUGAAACAAGCGGUGCGGGAACAGGAAAAGGAGUUCGAGGCGCAACAAGGCCAUCUGCAGAUGGAAACGCACAAGAACAAAUCGGACUAUUUGCCAACGCGAAUGACCAAGGAGUUAAGCGAUGAGUUCGCGACGUCGCAGAGAGAAUGGCUCACGAUGCGGGACCAGGCGAGGCAAGAGGCGAUGGAGGCCCGGAAGGAGGAAAAUAUCGUGCAGUUUCCGUUCUCCCCGCAAAUCAAUCCCUACCCGUUCAACUAUUUGAAACGCGCGGUCAGAAAGGGAGACAAAAUUUUGCAGAAACAGGCCAUGAAUUGGGCGAAGUGGGAAAAAAUGAACGUACUUUUUCGUGGCAUAACGUUUUUCAUGUUGCUGCUUUUCUACUUUGUUACGCAAUUAUUGCAAUCAGUGGUGACAAAGACAAAGACAUGAAAUUGAAAUGAUUUCUCUACAGAAUAACACUCUCAAACCAAAAUUAUGCAUCUUCACGCUCAUUAAAAAAAACAGAAACGCGCCAAAGAGGACGUCUUCACGCGAAAGGACAAGAGCGUGCAGACUGGAGCAGGGGCAGUAGACCAGAAGGAAAAAGACAAGGCGGCGCAAGAGCAGGAUACUCAAGACGACCAAAACGACGAGAACAAGCAUUCCUACGCGGAAGAGACCGCCCCGGCGGUUACCUACGUUUCCGUGCAGGAUCCAUUCUUGAAGCGGGUGCUCAGUACCAUCGACACCUUUGCGCACCCGGUCAAGGACUGAAACUUUUCAGCGAAGGUUGGGGGUUUUUCUGUUGUGAUUACACGCAGUUGUAGAGAAUUGCUUCUUUAGCGGUGUACUUGUACUUUCAUGACAAUGAAUCUAUCGUAUCAGGCGAGCGUCUUGACUCAAAUAGCUGUGUAGCGUAGUGGUAGUCUGUUGUUUCCGUGCAUAGUUCACAUUCAUAGCAUGUCACUCUGAAAUCCAAGUGGGAAAAGUUUGGGAGAUGGUUCCUUGCAGGGAUCAAAGUCCAACUACAAAAGUGUUUUGAAUGGAUGUGACGUAUGCGAUAUUUUCUUUG